GGAGAAAAAUGGGUCAUGGAAGCAGGCACCAACAUGGGAAUAUAACAAUGGAUCAGAGCUCCUUAAUCAGCAGCCACUGCGGUUGACACCUUUAUGUGAAGACUCUGUUAAGACUACGACUCUUAAGGGGCGUAAAACAAGCAAGGCUUUCAUCUCAAGUUCUGAAUUGUGGCAAUAAGUGCAGAGUACAUGUAGUGUACAUACCCCACACCCCUGCUGAUCGGGAGCUAAGGUGGGCCUCGGGCUCAGACCAAAGGACAUCUAACAGUCGCCGCGACAGCUGUUCUUACACAGACUUCCGCUUUCUAUAAACAGCAAAUACCUUCGAAUGAGCCCGAGUCCGAGUUCGAGUUACUAAAAAGCUGGUUUAUCGACAAUGGAUCAGAGGAACAGUCUUUUCUCAAAGGGACCACCCCGCGGCGGAGUUGGCCUCCCCGGCCGCCAGGUUCAACGACAGCCGCCUGGUGGUGAUCCUGGCGCCUCUUUCGGCAGUCCUCGUCAACCGAUGGCGGCUCCGGGAGGUGGCUACGAGAGCCAAAGGAACUACGGCAACUACGGCGCACCGUCUCCGGGGAUGACCCCCGCAAACCAACGAAUGCCCGGCGGGCCCGGCGGCUAUGCCGAGAAACCCCCAGUGACCCGAGGCCGGCCCGUCGGCCUGAGGCUGCAGAAAAUAGCAGACAAGACGCUGCAGGAGAGGUACAUCUUUGGCAACGUGUGCGCAGUUUCUACCAACGACUUCCCCCCGAACCGCGAUGGCUCCGACGUUCCUAUACGCAUCACCGGAAACAUGAUACGCGGCGACUAUGUUGUCAUGGGCAGGCCGACUCCCGGCUUCCCAGACGGAUGUAUAAGCAUGUCGGAUCCCCAGCGGUCAUGGUGUGGGAUUGGAAUGAUGGACGAGAUCAUCGGAGAGGCAUACGAUCCCUUCAGCCAGGGCGGGGCUGUAUACAUUGGAUCCAUGGAUGUGGAGGUUGGGUUUGCGUCGAAGACGAAGAUCGUCGAUGCUCCGUACGACCAAGACAUGCUUACCAGCGUUUUCAACAAAAACUUCGAGAACCAGGUUCUCGCUCCACAAGAGAGGAUUCUCAUGGACGUCAGCAACAUCCCCCUCCUGAUCAAGGUCAAGACCAUCACGUUGGUCGAUCUUGCCAUGACGGGCGGUGAUGCCGCCACCCGGACUGACGGCAGCGCGCGAGGCAUCAUCACCAGCCAGACUAGGAUAAACUUCUACAAGGAUGCGGCCUCACCCAUCAAACUGAAGGGUUCAACCAAGCGGGCGGCCGCGAAUGCCAUUAUUUCCCCAGAUUUCAAGUUCGAGGACAUGGGCAUUGGUGGGUUGGACACUGAGUUCAGCACCAUCUUCAGACGAGCCUUUGCCUCGCGCAUCUUCCCUCCGGGCAUCAUUGACAAGCUGGGGAUAAUGCACGUGAAGGGAAUGCUGCUCUACGGCCCUCCGGGAACAGGAAAGACGCUGAUUGCCAGGCAAAUCGGGAAGAUGCUCAACGCGAGAGAACCGAAGGUCAUUAACGGCCCAGAGGUGUUGAACAAGUACGUGGGACAGUCAGAAGAGAACAUCCGGAAGCUCUUCGCAGACGCCGAGAAGGAGUACAAGGAGAAGGGCGAGGAGAGCGGCCUCCACAUCAUCAUCUUCGACGAGCUGGAUGCCGUAUGCAAGCAGAGAGGCUCCGGAGCUGGUGGCGGGACAGGAGUGGGAGACAGCGUCGUGAACCAGCUUCUCGCCAAGUUGGACGGUGUUGACCAACUCAAUAACAUACUCCUGAUCGGAAUGACAAACCGCAAAGACAUGAUCGACGAUGCCCUGCUCAGGCCCGGACGGUUGGAGGUGCAAAUCGAGAUCAGCCUUCCUGACGAGAAGGGCAGGCAGCAGAUCCUGAGAAUUCAUACUGCUAAGAUGAAGGAUAAUAAUGUCAUGGAAGCCGAUGUCAACCUUGACGAGCUGGCCUUGUCGACUAAGAAUUUCUCGGGUGCCGAGCUGAGCGGUCUGGUCAAGUCGGCCACCUCGUUUGCCUUCAACCGUCAUAUCAAAGUCGGUACCAUGGCCGGUGUCGCCGACGACGUCGCCAACAUGAAGGUCAACCGGGAGGACUUCCUCAACGCCCUCGCAGAAGUCAAGCCCGCCUUUGGCGUGGCCGAGGAGGAACUCGAAGAAGCUCUUGUCUACGGAAUUAUUCACUUCAGCCCCAACAUCCAGUCGAUCAUCAACGACGGUCUCAUCUAUGUUGAGAACGUCCGGCAGGUCGAGCGACUAAAGCACCUGUCCGUCCUCCUCCAUGGGCCGGCUGCGUCGGGCAAGACGGCCUUGGCGGCGCACAUCGCCAUGAAGUCGGAUUACCCCUUCGUCAAACUGGUCACCCCUCAGGCCCUGGUUGGCUUCAGGGACGAAUCUGCCAAGAAGGAUUACCUGCACAAGGUCUUCACGGAUGCCUACAAGUCCCCGCUCAGCAUCUUGAUCCUGGAUAACAUUGAGCGCAUCAUCGAAUGGAACCCGGUUGGUCCGCGGUUGUCCAACACGAUCCUGCAAGCGCUCAUCACCCUGCUGCAGGCGCCCCCGCCAAAGGGCCACCGCCUCCUCAUCCUGGCGACGACGUCCCAGCGCAGCGUGCUCGACCAGCUCGACGUGACGGGGGCGUUCGACAGUGAGAUCCCCGUCCCCGCGGUGCGCGACCUGCGCGAGCUGUCGGCCGUGCUCGGGGACGCGGGCAUGUUCGACUCGUCGGCGGACCUCACCGAGGCGCUCAACAGCAUACAGUCGUACAACAACUCGGAGGCCGUCGGCGUGGGCAUCAAGACGGUGCUGACCAUCGCCGAGUCGGCCAGGCUCGCGGGUGGCGACCCGGGCCAGUGGUUCGCGGAGCAGCUGUGCGGCCAGAUCCAGAGGUACAACCCUAGGGUGUGAGUGAGCUGGCUAGAUAAGGGGGGGUGGCUGUGGACUAUGGACUAUGGAGCGUGCGUGUGUGUGUGUGUGGUCUUGUCAUCAACGGGAGCAAGCAUAGAUUUCUCUUACUGUACGAACUACGGAAUAUAUCGAAUGGUCAGGUGCUUCUUUUGAGCUGUGGCUUCAGUAUCUGGUUUUGAUCACGCUAUAUAUUUUCGUUGCCCAAUUGAACUGCCUAGAGAUUCCCAAUCA